GGCGGUCACUUCCGGGUGGCGGCGGCAGUGGCGGGAGGGUUCGAACAUGGCCGCGGCCGCCGCCGCCGCCAUCUCCUCCGCCUCCUCCGCCUCCGCCGCCUCCGCCGCCUCCUCCCGGCGCCGCCGCCGCCCCCGCGGCCACCCCAACCCGCUGUUCGCCCGCUGGCUCCGGGAGUGGCGGGACGAGGCGCAGGGCACCUGGGCGAGGGGCACCUAUGAAAGGGCCCUGCGCUCGCUCUCCCGGUUCCCGCUCCCGCUCCCUUCCGGCCGCGCCGCCGCCAUCUUGCAGCACUUUGGCCCCGCCCUCUGCGCCCGCCUCGACCAACGGCUGCGCCAGCACCGCCGCGAGCAGGGCCUCCCCGCCACGCCCCCUCGGCAGGAGCGGCCCCCAGCCCCGCCCCCAGCCCCGCCCACACGCCGCCCUCGCCCUCCAGUGCCCCCCGGGCAGGUGCCCCCGCAGCGCCCUCUGGCGGAGCAGGACGAGAACUGCGCCCCCUCCCCCCCCUUGGGUGACCCCGAGCAGGAGUUGGAGCUGAGGCCCGGCCAGUUCGACAUCGUCCUGUGUGCCGACGUCACCGAGGCCAACGGCCCAUCCGGGGGUCUCCCGGCCCUGCUGCGCUCUCGGGGGGUCCCGGUGCUGCUGCGGCGCCUCCCGGUGGGCGACUUCCUGUGGGUGGCGCGCGAGAAGGACCCGCCCACAGGCCACGCCCCGCGGGAGUUGGCGCUGGAGGUGGUGGUGGAGCGGAAAUCGGCGGCGGAUUUGGGGAACAGCAUCCGGGACGGGCGGUACCGCGAGCAGAAGUUCCGGCUGUGCCGCUCGGGGCUGCGCUGUCCCGUUCUCCUCCUGGAGGAGCCGCGGGAGGGGGAGGCGCUGCCCCUCCCCCUGCCCACCCUGCGCCAGGCGGCCGCCAACAGCCAGGUGGUGGACGGACUCUUCGUGGUGCGCACCAGAGACCCCCAAGACUCGGCCGCGUAUUUGGGGGCGUUGGGGGAGCAGCUGAGGAGGAGAUUUGGGGGCCGCGUGCUGAGGGCAUGGGGGGGGUCCGUGACCGGCCGGGGACCCCCCGAGCCCCCCGGGACCCCCCUGACCCUGCUGCCCUUCCCCAGGCUGCGAGAGGGGGGGGGCAAGAACCAGACCCAAACCGUGGGGGCCGUGUUCGCCCGGCAGCUGCUGCAGCUCGGGGGGCUCAGUGGGGGCAGGGCCGGGGUCGUCCUGAGCCGCUUCCCCACCCCCGCCAGCCUCAUGGCCGCCCUGGGUCCCCCCCAGGACCCCCAAAAAUGCCGGGAGGUGCUGAGUGGGCUGCGCUGCGGCCCCGCCCAGAGGAAUUUGGGUCCCUCCCUCAGUGGGGCCCUCGUGAAGCUCUACGGGACCCCGGGGCCACUGUCCUGAGGGGCACCCCAUUGUCACCUCAUUGUCACCCAUUGUCACCCCAUUGUCACCUCCUGUCACCCCAUUGUCACCUCCUGUCA